AUGCAGCUCACCUCUGCUUUCGUUCUUCUCGCCUCCUUUGCCCUAUGCUUCCAGGGUAGUGAUGCACUGGCUCGCUCGAAGCUUGACCAAUACACAAGUGAUGACUGCGAUGGAAACUGGGGCGACGGGAAGGCAUACCGCUCCUCUCGCAACAUAGACAUCAAGCCCGGCACAUGCGUCGAUAUCAACGCGUCUACCAACAGCAUCUGGCUGGGCAGAGGAACCGGCUUGGUCUGGCGGCGCAAGAUGACAGCCUACUCCGAGUCCGGUUGCCCUGCGAAUAAGCGCAUUGAUUUCCUCAAUGAGAAGGAUGGGUAUUACAAGAAUAGAAAUGGCCAGGUGGUGCCCAAGGGGAAUUGCUUCCCCAUUGACUUUAUGUAUGUUGGUGCUCAAGGAGUGGACCAAACAUACCAGGGACGUCUCUUGUCGGUCAAGUUCGACUCGUAUUAG